UCUUGUAAACAUGUGUGCUUCUUGUUUUGAUCUUGAUUAUCGUCUGCUGCGUGUGUAGAAUCAUUUGUUUGUUUAUUCAGCAAAUGCAAGUUUUUCCAAGAAAUUCCGCAUGAAAUAAGAUAUUAUAUGAAUAAAUUGUUUAGCUUUUGCAAAAAUAAAUUGUCAGCAUAUUAAAAAAUAAUUCGCCAUCAUUUUUUCGAGCUCCUUAAAUCAAAUGCUGUUAUUAAAAUCGUAACAUUGAAUGCUCGCGACUUGACGAAUGAAUACGAACUGAUGCAUACGUACGAAUUGUGCAGAUCUCCAAAAAUUAAGUCUGUGAUAAAUGUGUGCGAGCCGGAUUUAAGACAAUCUAAAUUAUUGAAUGAACAGUCUUUGACAUGGAUAUCCCGGCUCCAAUUGUCGAACCAUUACUUGCAACGGUACCUGCAUCUACGGUGACAACUCUACAGAAUUCUUUUGAAAUUGAGGAUUCUUUGCAAAAAAAUGGAUCCCAUCGUACGAGUUCUAAUGCAAUUAUUCGAACUCGCCGACGAGCUAAGUGCCUUGCAUCAAAGUUUAUGUCUCCAAAAUUUGUGUUUUCUUGUAUACCAGCAUGUGCAGUAUUAAUUGUUCUAACUUAUAUAUUGAUUAUAGGAAGAGAUUAUGUUAAAUAUGGACUCCUUUGGCUGGACAAUCAAGAAGAAUGGGUUGUUUGCUUCGUAUUUCUUAUACUGUAUACAGCAGUAUCUUUCCCUCUGACAUGGGGAUAUGUACUGCUAAACUUAGCUUGUGGUUACCACUAUGGUCUUAUUGCUGGUACAAUAGUGACAGCUUUUGCUGCUAGUGCUGGUAUAGUGUUCGCUCAUCUUCUUAUGAAGCACUACUUUAUUGGUACAAUCACUGCUAAAUUAUUGGGACCAGAUGUGCUAAAAGCAACUGUAAAUGCACUACAAAGUGCUCAUGCUUUCAAACUAAUUGCUAUAUCUCGGCUUACUCCUAUACCCUUUGGUCUUCAGAAUGCUUUAUUUGCUAUAAGCCCUGUGUGCCUAUGGAGGUAUGUCGGUGCCUCAGCUUUAGGUUUGUUUCCGACGCAGCUUAUUAGUGUGUAUCUAGGGACAACAGUGCGUUCCAUGGAGGAAGUGUUGGUGGACGAGAACACAGCAACUGUAGGAUACGGUGUCUUAAUUUUGCAGGUUAUUGUGAGUGUUGCCUUGCUGGCUUACAUCCUAAAACGCGCUAGACAAGAACUCCGAAAAUCAGUGAAAGGCGACCUGGAAGAAAUCAUUGUCGGUAACAAAAAUCCACUCUUGGAAACUGCAUCUGACUUCAAUUUCAACUACAUCUCUAAAAAGUUGCCUUAUACCUGUUCGGGAAACAGAUCUUCACGCCUCUGCCUUUUGCACAGGAUCUGAUCGAAAAGCAAUGUUUCUGGUGCCAUGUGGAAUUUAGCAGUCCUUGUCAAAU